GCUGCCUCCAAGUGCUAGUUGUGUUUGAACAUUUUUCUAAGAGGUGUGUUUGUGUUUUUUUUAACUAUGUACAUUGUGUGCAUGGACAGCUAAAUAGUUCUUUCACCUGUGCUUUGAGUACAUUACCUUGAGGCGUUGUUUGACUCGUAUACAUUCCUGUUUUUAUGUUGCGUUUAGUCAGGGAUUUACGUCAGUCCCACUUGUGUGUUUUGACCAUCCCAGAAUUUGACCACCUCCAGAGACAAACAGAAAAAUAUUGCAUCUGUCCUGGUCAGAUGUGCCAUGUCCUUGGCCCGUUAUCAGUUGUUUGCAUGUGUGUGUGCACAUGUGUUUUGCAGAAACAGGUGUAGUCAUUAUCACUCACUCUUCCCUUAACUUGAAACACCCUGACGUAAAAUGUGUUGCUGCUGUCCUUGAAGCUAGUUUUGUCUCUGCUAUUCAAAUCGAUGAUAACACAUGUGAUAAUCAAUGAAACUUUGCACCACAUCUUCGGCCUGCCAUGAGUUUAUGCCGGGUCACGUUGUCAUUUUUGAUUGCAGGCCCUCACGUUGCGAUAAAAGGCAGACGUUGUAGAAUCAGAGAGCUGAACGUCAUAUAAAUUUAUUUUAAAAUGCCAUGGUCUGUUUUGUUUCUGGGAAAAUUGUAUUUUCAAAAAAAACAAACUUGUGCAAGAAUAUUUUGUGAAGUUAUUGGAAUAGACAGCAUUUUUACAUGCAGUAUGGUUACAGUAAAACAAGGCUUAUUUAUUACAUAAAUUCAUAAACAUCAUAAAAACUACAGUAAUAAUUUCACUGUAUAGGUAAAUGAUUGGCAUUUUCCUGCAUUUUUAUAUAGACUAAGGUUCAGUCUUUUUAUAGUUUAUAGUGAAUUUUAUCUGCAUAUCAACCCUUUACCCAGUGCAGCUGCUUGGCCUUAUCGAACUGCAGACUCACGCUGUCCUCCUCUCCCUUGUUGAUAUUAGCUUGAAUUCGGCCAACCAUCGUCCUUUUGCAGCCUCUGGGUUUCCCAGGCUUCUCCCUAUCUGCCCCUGUGUGCAAAAAAAAACAUAGCACCAGUAGUGGAGCGCCGUCUUUUCACAGUAAGGGAGUGGUGAGGAAUUAGACUAGGUAUGCUUUUGUUUUAAUAAGGGUGUGCUCGAUGGUAGGUUUAUUUGUCAAGACAAAGUUAAGACUGGAUUUAAGCCUAGCAGGAGAGCAUUGGGUGUUCUUUUGUCUUCACGAGGGCUCUCUGUGCCCCACUGCGUCUCAUGAUGUGUUACUAAGCCGUAAAAGGUGGAGGUAUGAAUUCCUGGAAGUUGUGUAACUGGUAUUUAUACGAGUUCCCAUGCAGUGAAAUGUCUUUUUUUCUCUUUAUUGUCUGUUGAAACCUGCUGACUGACUGAUGAUCUGUACCUUUUUUUUUUUUUUUUUUGAAGGAUUUUCCAGGAAAAUUUCCAACCUCUCUGAUGCUACCUGUGUGUGUGCGCACUUAAAAUGCACCUAAUCCCCACUGAGACAUUGCAUAUGAUAUCAGUUUAUUGAGCUGGGAAAGUCAUAAUCUGCUGCUGCAAAAUACUGUGACCACAGACCUGCCGCUUCCUGUUCUGCGUGUUCAAGACACUGUUGCCUAAGUCAGCGCACAUACACCAACGGACCAAGGAUACACAAGUACUUGAUUUACCUACCCCAUCUGCCUGAAUUACUUCUGCACAGUCCAGUCACACGUGUUCUGUUUAAGCUCUGUCAAUCACACACACCCACACUAGAAGGAUUUAAAACGCAUAGCCUAGUACUGCGCCCACGCACACUAUCACAGCAAAUAUGGCCAGCAAGCUGUCCGAGUUUGGCAAAACCCUGCUUCGUCGCCGCGCAUUAGACUGUUCCGGCGAAGAAACCCGAUUCGCCCGAUGCUUGUCCACCCUGGACCUCAUUGCCUUAGGAGUGGGCUCCACUCUGGGCGCUGGCGUCUACGUCCUCGCUGGUGAAGUCGCCCGAGAGAAGGCCGGGCCCGCCAUUGUCCUCUGCUUCCUCAUCGCCGCUCUGUCAUCCAUGCUAGCUGGCCUGUGCUACGCCGAAUUCGGCGCCCGCGUCCCCAAAACAGGCUCGGCGUACCUUUACAGCUACGUGACAGUUGGAGAAAUCUGGGCCUUCAUCACGGGAUGGAACCUCAUCCUCUCAUAUGUGAUAGGUACGGCCAGUGUGGCGAGGGCUUGGAGCUCAACGUUUGACAGCCUGGUUGAACAAAAGAUCUCUGGCUUCUUUAAAGCCUCCAUGGCGAUGAAGGUGCCAGGUGGGGUGCUGGCAGAGUAUCCUGACCUGUUCGCACUUAUCCUGGUCCUGCUGCUCACUGGACUUCUGGCCUUUGGCGUGAGCGAGUCGGCGCUGGUCAACAAGAUCUUCACAGGCAUCAACCUGGUGGUUCUGGGAUUUGUUAUCAUCUCUGGCUUUGUUAAGGGGGACACAGCCAACUGGAACCUCACUGAAGACGACUACAGAAGCUACAUAAACAGCACCAACAUGAGCAAAACUUUAAAAGUGGAGGAAGAAUUUGGCGUGGGUGGUUUUUCUCCAUUUGGCCUCACUGGAGUCUUGUCUGGUGCCGCCACCUGCUUCUAUGCGUUUGUGGGUUUUGAUUGCAUCGCCACAACAAGCGAAGAAGCGAAGAAUCCCAUGCGUUCCAUACCUGUUGGCAUCGUGGCCUCCCUGCUCAUCUGUUUCUUCGCCUACUUCGGUGUUUCCGCCGCUCUGACUCUGAUGAUGCCGUACUACCAGCUGAACACACAGAGCCCUCUGCCCGAGGCCUUCAGCCACGUCGGCUGGGCUCCAGCCAGAUACAUCGUAGCCGUCGGUUCACUCUGCGCUCUGUCUACCAGCCUCCUGGGCUCUAUGUUCCCUAUGCCUCGCGUUAUUUACGCCAUGGCGGAGGAUGGGCUGCUGUUUCGUGCUCUGUCCAGGAUGAACGAGCGCACCAAGACGCCUCUGCUGGCCACCAUUGCUUCUGGCAUCGUAGCAGCACUGAUGGCCUUCCUGUUCGACCUGGCAGCUCUGGUUGACCUCAUGUCCAUAGGAACUCUGCUGGCGUACUCUUUGGUGGCCAUCUGUGUCCUUAUUCUCAGGUAUCAACCAGGAACUCUGAAUUCGUCCAGUCAGACAGAGAAGCUGGUGGAGCUGGUGGAAGGAGAGAAACUGGCCGUGAGCGGAGUAGACAGCGGUGACGAGUACGGCAUGGAGACGGACGAGAGGCCGCUCCGAGAGACCUUCUCCGGCAAGCUGCUCUUCUGCCCAAGUGGGAAAACCCCAACACAGACCUCCGGGAACAUCGUCUACGCUACGACUGCUAUUAUCUCGGUUUUCAUCACCAUACUGUGCGUCAUCCUGGCCAACUAUCUGAACGAGCUGCUCAGCGGACACGCGGCCGUUGUGGUGCCGUGCGUCAUUUUGACUCUACUCUGUGGCGUCUGCGUUGUCAUCAUCUGCAGGCAGCCAGAGAGCAAAGAGGCGCUCACCUUCAAGGUCCCUCUGCUCCCCUGGUUGCCUCUGUUCAGUGUUUUCGUCAACAUCUACCUCAUGAUGCAGCUGGACAAGGGGACGUGGUGCCGAUUCACAGUCUGGAUGGUCAUUGGUUUCGCCAUCUACUUCUUCUAUGGUAUCAGGAACAGCAGUGAGGCUGCCAGCAGGUCAUCCCCGCGCAAAUACGAGCCUGCGCUGCAGAACAAAAGCCCGAUUUACAAGGGCGCCCCCGACGACAGCGACGUGGAAGCAGGCAGCAGCCCCUGAUACUGACUGACAUGGACCUGGGGAGCGUUGCAGAGCAUCUACACGCAUUUUUUUUUAGCUGCCUGGUUCAACCAGCAGCCAAACGUUGCAGUGUAGGCGGCUUGGAACGCUGCCCUGGGUUUAUAGGGAGGAGAGGCAAGAAAAACGCCACACACAUCUUACCUCUGACUCGGAGGCUGAUUAACUUGAUGGCUAGACACUGUGACAGAGCCACUUUCUGGCGCUUGUGUCUGUUUUAAUCUGUUUCUACUUAGCCUUAGCCCUCUGGAGACAUUUACCUGCCUAUAACACAUGCUUUCAAUGGACCUAACUAACACGGAGCGCCGCGGCGCUCAUCAUGAAGUCGUGAUUUCCGUUAACUGAAAACUGAAACUGGAUGAAUGUUACUAGUUUUUCGCUGUUGUCGUCUUUUGCUUCCUGGCUGUUAUGUGCGCGCCGUGGCUGCGUGUGGAGCCACUGUGGGGCGAAUAAGAGCUACUAUAAAUUACAACUUGAGCCAGCGAGUUCACCAUUGUCAAGACACUCGGACCUUUCGAGCUAGACUUCAAAUCGUGCGACAGCAGAGGGCCACCAACAGAAUGACUUGAGAUGAAGUUACCUCGACAUGUUCAGCGUACUGGUGUUGUUUUAUCACACAUGUUUGUGGGUAAACAGGGUAGCACUGAAGCUGUGUGGUUUACAGUGUCUGUCAGGGCUUCAGUGCAGGUCGGUCAGUAGCACACGGUCGACGCUGCGUGGAGCAAAAGUACGUGCUUUGCAGACUGUAAGAGUUUGCUUUUUUUAACACACUAUCACCCUUGUGACAACCUCGACUCCCAGAAAUCAGCCACACAGUAUGUGUACACCACCACGUCAGAUACUGUAUGAAACUAGCCUCUGAUCUUACAGUUAUGCUUUUUAUCUGAGUUAAAUGUUAUUUGCAGACAUUUUGUGGCCUUUUUGUUUCAGCUAAAUUAAGUAGGCUUUUAACUGCAAACUGAGAAACUGAAGUAAAAGCCUGCAAAGGAAAGAUUACAGCUCUUUACUGUAACUGAAUGUAACCCAUCUGUAUGUUCUUAUUACAGAACAUACUUUAAUACCCAUAUUUUAUUGCAUAUCUUUCCAAAACAACACAGGCAUGUAAAGGACUAUUUUAAAUAAAUAUUUUAAAUACACAAUCUAGUCAAAUUUCUACUUCCGGAUAGCACUUUUCCACCCGCAGCUGUCUGCAUACUUCUGCAGAUCUGAGGAGGUCCGUAAAUGUGCACUUAAAAAGCUCAUUAAUCACAACAGGUUAUCUUUUAAAGGGCUCCUCUUAAUAACUAGAGUAUGCCCCCAAAAAGAAAAAAUAAUCUAAUUUUAUAUACUGACUUGUGGCACCUGUCCAUCGUUAUCAGAUACUUUUGGUAUCUGGGAGCUGAGGGUCCGUCUCUGAAAAAGGGUCCAUCUUUCAUCACCACUAAAAUAUCUUUUUAUCACCUUUUUUUAUUUUUGCUUUUUACUUUCUUGUGAAAAGACAGUUCCUUGUUUAGUUUCAAUUGAAACUUGUUCUUGGCAGCUUAGUCUGUUAAGUUCCCAUCACUUUUAUUUUAUUUUUACUUUUUUUUUUCUUUUUUUUUUUUUAAAGAUAGAAUUGUUAAUAUUAAAAUGUUAAUAGUAUUGUUCGUUUGGGGUAGCUUGCUCUUUUUUGUUGUUGUUGUUUUUGCCUUUUCAUGUCAGUUUCAAAUCAAUCUGUGUGCUUUUUAGAUGUUAAUGUAUUUUAAUUGUUACAUGUACAGUUUUUAGAGUGCUGAUCUUUUUUUGGUCUGCCAGUUUUAUUUGUUGUUGUUUGUCUUUUCUUUGUUGCAAACAUCUCGCAUAAUGAUUUAAUUAUAUUAAUUUGUGAUCCUUCUUGACCAAAUGAGCUUUUCUUUGGAAACCAUGCUUUCCGAAACAAAGAAUGACCACUAAAAGUUGGUCUCUAAAUUGUGUUCAUUUUAAGACAUAUUUUUAUCACAGUCCCUUGAAGUCGAUAUGAUAUAACUUAUUGUUAAUAGUAUUUUUUUGUUGUCCUAGUAAAGUGCUUUACUGUAGAGUGUACAGUAUUUGUUCAAAACUGUAUCUUUUUAUUUGUAUAAUGAUGUAAAUUAUACAAAUAUACGUUCUUUAACAUAUGACCUGAAGUAUAAUUUGAUAAGAGAAGUUCUUUUUGUAACUUAAACUUGAAGGCAUUUCAUUUCACACUUGAUGCUGCUGAAAUCCAUGUUAUAAAAGUCCUUUUUUUUUCAGAUGAAAAUGGUCAGAAUUGAGGCAAAAACUUCCUCUUUAGAAGUUGACAUAUCUCCCAAAAUGUUUGUGGAUAAAGGAGUUAAAGGUAGAUUUGGAUUCAGCCAGUAUUUUUUUUAUUUUUUUUCUCCCCCCGAGGAUGUUGAACACAAACUGGUGCCUGAAGAACCAUCCGUCUGCCUGAGAAAGUCACCGGGGCUGGGAAAAGAGAGAGUCGAGCUGCAUCCAGGACUGUUUUUAAAAUACUUGAGCUGCUGUCACGGUUAUGGAUCAAAUGUAAUGGGAGACUUUAAAUGUAAAAUCUGCUCUUAAACCUGAGAGCUUUAACAUUCCCAUGCUUACUUGCCAGUAAUUUAUCACCAAUAGGUUUCAUGAUGCGCUCUUCGUACGCAGCCCCGGUGCCUUUCGACAAUUAAUCGGAUCAUCUCCCCUCUCAGUGCUGUCUCAUUAACAGCAACAAUCUAUUUUUGUCUUUGUUUUAUAUCCUGUACAUAUGGCUGUCAUGUAUAAAGCUGUAUUUUCAAUGUUUUUGUUCUUUUUUUUUGGUUCUUUUUUUAAUAAAACGGUGAUUCAUGCUUAUAGCAGAUUAAAA